GAUUGACUAGAGUACAAUGUGCAUUUUUUUUUUUUGGUUAAAACGGUAGUUAUCCAGAUGAAUUAUUACUAUAGCUAAUAAACUCGUGGUCUGAUAGCAAAUAUCGAAAUACUAUACGAGGUUUCUUUCGCUUGGCGUCGAAAUAUCUGGUUUGGCUGACUUGCUAGUUAACGGUAACGAGUUGGCUAACCGGUGCAUCAGUGUGCAGACCUGAGUCGGUUUGCUAGAUUGGGGUUUGGUGUCCAAUAUUCGUCAAUACACGACGUGAGAGAAGUCACUGCUGGUUUUUUUUUAACCGUCGUAGUUAAGAUUUCGAAUAUGGAUGCCGCUAGACUCAAGAUGGCAAAGGACUCGAAGCUUCAGAGGCCUGUGUCUGAACACAAGCUUACCAGUGAUGGGCCGAAGCGUGUUCCCGUGUCCCAGUCGUCCAGUGGUCACAAACCUGUGGCCUACGCCACACCAGCCCAGCGCGUUCUAGGGCCGUCAAAUGGGCCGCAGCGUAUCCAGCGAUCCAUGACCCAGAAGCCGGAGACCACAGUCCCACACACCAAGACCACGCAACCGCAAGCUGGUUAUCAGAAUGUGAAUCCUGUUCAACCCCAGCCUAAACCGCAGUCUCAAAUACAGAGCCUCAAAUCUGUUAAAGGGCAACCUCAAACCCAGACCCCCAAACCUGUCCAGACCCCCAGCCAGCCAAAGGUUCAGACCCUAACCCAGAGCCAGCCAAAGAACCACGCCAACGCUUCGACUCCAAGUUCUGAGCCAGCCAGAGCCACUGAACAUUCCAAGCAGGAGAAGUCGCAAAAUAAACCUACCAAGAGUGAAUCCUCGACUGCUUCUUCAAAGAAGCGCUGGGCCCUGGAGAACUUUGACAUUGGUCGUCCCUUAGGGAAGGGUAAGUUUGGCAACGUGUACCUGGCCAGGGAGCGCCAGACCAUGUUCAUCCUGGCCCUCAAGGUGCUCUUCAAGAAGCAGCUGGAGAAGGCCGGGGUGGAGCACCAGCUACGGCGGGAAGUGGAAAUCCAGUCACACCUCAGGCACCCCAAUAUCCUGCGGCUUUAUGGUUACUUCCACGACACGGCUCGUGUUUACCUCAUCCUGGAGUUUGCUCCUAAAGGGGAACUGUACAGUGAGCUGCAAAGAUGUGGAAGCUUUGAUGAACAAAGGAGUGCCACGUACAUCAUGGAGCUGGCGGAUGCACUGAACUACUGCCACUCUAAGAAAGUCAUCCACCGGGACAUCAAGCCUGAGAACCUGCUGCUGGGGGCCAACGGGGAGCUGAAGAUAGCAGACUUUGGCUGGUCGGUGCAUACACCCUCCUCAAGGAGGUCAACUUUGUGUGGAACUCUGGACUACCUGCCUCCAGAGAUGAUUGAGGGCAGAACCCAUGACGAGAAGGUGGAUCUGUGGAGCCUGGGGGUGCUCUGCUAUGAGUUCCUUGUGGGUCGCCCUCCAUUUGAGACGAAGAACAACGAGGACACCUAUCGCAAGAUCUCACGGGUGGAGUUCACUUAUCCAGUCCAUGUUAGUGCCGGCAGCAGAGACCUAAUAGACAAACUGCUGAAGCACAACCCCCUCCACAGGCUCCCUAUCCAGGGUGUUUUGGCCCAUCCCUGGGUGGUGGAGAAAUCUACCAAGACGCCCACCGCCAUGUCUCACAGCCCAGAGCAAAACAAAUGAGGACCGUUGCAUGGUGUUUUCAUGAAUCCUGGUUGGCUGUUUCCCAGCACCUACACAGUACUGUGGCCACGGUCGUGUUCAUUCAGGUCACAUAACAAAAGUCAUCGUUAUUGGACUGCUUUCAGUGGUUAUUUAGUUUGCUGUCUAAUGAACACGCCGUUUGCUUAAUGCCUUGACUAUACUGCUCACUGCUAUGGAUAACUUGGCUUUCUGCUCUGACUGUGUCGUCGUCUGGCAUCUUGAUGCCCUUCUGUAACUUCUGCCUCUUCUAUGGCAUUUUAUAUUUGUAAAUAUUUUACUGUUUUGUUAGUAAAAUUAUGAGAAUAUUAUGGAAUUCACUGUCAUUACUUGAAUAAAUAUUUUGGCUUGA